UUCAAUCGACAAUCAUGGCCUUCUCUAAAUGGUUUUUCCUCGCCUCCUUCGUUUUCGUUGCGGUGCAAACGUACACUAUUCAACGACAAAGUCCGUUCCAUUUCCAGUACAAAAAUAAAUUGUACUACAUCGAAACUUUUUACAAGGCUAAUUAUUACAAAGCGUUCAUGUCGUGCCGGAAAUUGGGCAUGAAUUUGGUGAGCAUCGAUUCUGAGGAUGAGUUCGAUAAGUUGCACAGUUUCAUCAAGUUCAGCACUAAAAACGAGAACGGUAUGGCUUUUUGGACGUCGGCUGCUGCGAUUGAACCGUUGCAGUUUCAUUGGAUGUUGACCGGAUAUCCGCUCAGACUCGCCUCUAAAUGGUUGCCCGGGGAACCUAACAAUAAAGAUGGCAACGAGUAUUGUCUGGAAGUGCGGAUACAAAACAAAGACUUGAUUAUGAACGAUGAAAAUUGCAAUAAUCAAGUUUACUAUAUUUGCGAACGCUGA